GGAGUCAAGUAUUUUACUGUCAUCGGUCCACAUAUCGACUGUAUGGAAGAACAAUAUUUGAAACCAAUGAUUUUGGAAAACCGAAAAUCUACUUGCUGCUGGUGCUGUAAAAAGGGCACAAUAAGUUUACGGUGUGUUCUGGCCAGAUCGGCGUAUGUGUGCAAAGAAAGCAUCAAACUGAAAGUGACGAUCGACAAUCAAGGUGAAGAAGAAGUAAAGCUCAGAGUCAAAUUGGAACAAGUGUGCGAAUUGUUUGUCGACAGAGGUGUAUUGGGAGUCAGCAAAGAUGUGAAGCACCUUGUUUUCGAAUAUGGAGGCUGUCAUGUGAAACCUCACACUCGUAGUAAAUGGGACAGUUCAAAUUGCCUAGUGAUACCAACAAUGCCUACAACCUUAGUACACAUAUGUCGACUUGUACAAAUAUAUUAUUUGCUCACGGUAUAUUUAGACACUGAGAAGGAAUAUGAUAUUUUACAAGUGAGCUGUCCGAUAACGAUAGCAACAGUGCCAUUUCGAAUACCAAAUUCUGAUAAAUCUCCUUCAGUAAAAUAUGAUCACGCUUGUCCAGUUGUAGAAGGGGGAAUGUAUUUAGCACCGGAAUUUUUACUAGGACAGGUGUACGAUGGUAACGAACAUCAUCUACGAGAUCCACUAGUUUUAUACAAACCUCUUUAUGUAACGGUAGACAAUUCUGAAACCAACUGAAAAGAAUUUAUAAGAAAAAUGAGAGAUGGCAAUAAUUACAUUAUUUUAUAUUUAGUACCAUAAGAAACUACCUUACAGGGUCAUAGGUCCUUUUAUUUUUAACACCAUCAAGACUGAAACUUAUACUAAUUUGUUAAGUCAAUUUCAAAAAUGUUUCACACCCUUUAUGAUUAUAAUCGUAGAAACCAUCUUGAUGACUACAUUUCAAUUAUAGUAUAGUUGUUGUGAGAUCCACUGUUUUUUACUUUUUUUUGCAAUCUGCAU